AUGACACUAAUUAUACACUCAUCUCUUCUUCUAAUCUUCUUUAUUUUAAUAUACCCACUACUCACCACACUAAGCCCUAGUCAACAAGAACUCAACAUAGCAAAAAUAACCAAAACUGCCGUUAGUUCCGCAUUCUUCGUCAGCCUGUUACCACUUAUAAUUUUCCUAAAUCUGAAAACAGAGGGCAUUAUUACAAAUUGACAAUGGAUAAAUACUCAAACAUUUGACAUCAAUAUUAGCUUUAAAUUCGACCACUACUCCUUAAUUUUUGUCCCAGUUGCCCUAUAUGUUACCUGAUCAAUCCUAGAAUUUGCACUAUGAUAUAUACACUCUGACCCCUAUAUUGACCGGUUCUUUAAAUACUUACUCACAUUCCUAGUAGCCAUAAUCAUCUUAGUCACAGCCAACAAUAUAUUUCAACUAUUUAUUGGCUGAGAGGGGGUGGGGAUUAUAUCAUUCCUGCUAAUUGGAUGAUGACAUGGACGAGCAGACGCUAACACAGCAGCUCUUCAGGCUGUAAUUUAUAAUCGAGUAGGGGAUAUCGGACUAAUUAUAACCAUAGCUUGAUUUGCAAUAAACCUCAAUUCCUGAGAAAUUCAACAAAUCUUUGUUUUAUCAAAAAGCUUCGACAUAACAGUCCCCUUACUAGGACUUGCCUUAGCAGCAACAGGAAAAUCAGCCCAGUUCGGCCUCCACCCAUGGCUACCGUCCGCCAUGGAGGGCCCUACACCAGUGUCUGCCCUACUCCAUUCUAGUACUAUAGUUGUUGCAGGGAUUUUUCUACUAAUCCGCCUUCACCCGCUUAUAGAAAAUAAUCAGCUGGCCCUAACAAUCUGCCUCUGCCUUGGAGCAUUAACCUCAUUAUUUACAGCCACUUGUGCUUUAACCCAAAAUGAUAUCAAAAAAAUUGUAGCUUUCUCAACAUCAAGCCAACUUGGACUAAUAAUAGUUACAAUUGGAUUAAAUCAACCACAACUAGCGUUCCUACACAUUUGCACCCACGCUUUCUUCAAAGCCAUGCUAUUCCUAUGCUCUGGCUCAAUUAUUCACAGCCUAAACGAUGAACAAGACAUCCGAAAAAUAGGAGGCCUGUUCAAUAUUAUACCUGCCACCUCAACUUACUUUACAAUUGGCAGCCUUGCCCUAACAGGAACCCCCUUCCUGGCAGGGUUCUUCUCAAAAGAUGCAAUUAUUGAAGCCCUAAACACCUCUUAUCUAAACGCCUGAGCCCUAACCCUAACACUAAUUGCCACAUCAUUCACCGCAGUAUAUAGCUUCCGGCUAGUAUACUUUGUAAUUAUGGGAACCCCACGAUUCCUACCACUAUCCCCAAUUAACGAAAAUAACCCACUAGUGAUUAACUCUAUUAAACGACUUGCCUGAGGAAGCAUUAUUGCAGGACUCCUCAUCACACAGAACUUCCUGCCAAUAAAAACACCAGUCAUAACAAUACCAACCACCCUAAAAAUAGCAGCUCUUGUAGUAACAAUUACAGGCCUACUCGUGGCCACAGAACUAGCUAAUAUAACAAGCAAACAAGUAAAAAUCAUCCCAGUAACCCCCACACACCACUUCUCAAAUAUAUUAGGGUUCUUCCCAACAACUAUUCACCGCCUCCUUCCAAAACUUAAACUUACCCUAGGACAAUCCGCCGCCACCCAACUCGACAAAACAUGACUCGAAACCAUCGGGCCAAAAGGCCUGGCACUAACACAAACAACCAUAGCAAAGACUAUAAACGACAUUACACGAGGAAUAAUCAAGACAUACCUAACCAUAUUCCUUCUAACCCUAAUCUUGGCCAUCAUUCCAAUUCUCCUUUAA